AUGCCCCUGUUGGGCCUCGGGGUCUACCUGAACAACGAAUGUUUCCCGGCCUGCGUCGCCGCCCUGAAACACGGCUACAGGCACAUCGACUCCGCCCGCCUGUACCACAACGAGGCAGAGGUCGGCCGGGCAGUGCGGGAGAGCGGCGUGCCGAGGAGCGAGGUCUUCGUCACUUCAAAAAUCGGCAGUGGCAGCGGCGAGCAUGGCUAUGAGAGCACGCUCAAGGCGGUCGACAGCUCUCUACAGCGCUUCGGCUUCGAUUACCUCGAUCUGUACUUGAUCCACGACCCGCUCUCUGGCAAGCAGAAGCGUCUCGAGACCUGGAGGGCCCUGCUCGAGGCGAAGAAAGCGGGGAAGCUCCGGACCGUCGGCGUCUCCAACUACGGCGUGAAGCACCUCGAGGAGAUCCGCGAGGCCGGGCUGGAGGCGCCCGCGGUGAACCAGAUCGAGCUGCAGCCGUUCUGCCAGCAGAAGGAGAUCGUCGAGUACUGCAGCAAGAAUAACAUCUUCAUCCAGGCGUACUGCCCGCUUGUGCGCGGGCAGUUUGGGAACCCGGUCUUGCGGGAGGUUGCGCAGAAGUACAACAAGGACGUUGCCCAGGUACUGGUGCGGUGGUCCCUCCAACGCGGGUUCAGCCCUCUUCCGAAGUCGUCGCAACCUGCACGCGUCGUGUCGAACGCGGACCUCUACGACUUUGAGAUCUCGGCGGAGGAUCUGGCGAAGAUCGACGCGCUCGACCAGGGCAAGAAGGGCGCGAUCAGCUGGAACCCUGUAGACGCCGACUGA